AUGACUCCAAUUUUGUCCGAAGACCAGAAGUUGGACUCCUCUGUUCAUCCUCGCUCGUCACAAGUCCAGGACAAAGACAACCUUGACGUUGACACGGAAGACCCAGAUAAAAUGAUGAGCCUUGAAAAGAAACCUCCACCCACUCCACCUUCCACAGACUCUGUGCAUGAUGUUUACCAUCACCCUCUACAUCCUCACUACUACUACUACCAACAUCUCUUCCAGCAGCCUGAGGAGUUGGUAGACCCCCAGGAGAUGCAUCCUAACUCUGAAAAAGCCUCAAAAUCAGAACCCCAGCUUCCAUCUGACCUCAGUGGGUUGGAUCAGGCCGCUGAAGCAGGAUUUCCCAGCAUACCUCAGCAGCGUCGUACCUUAAAUUCACAUUAUGUCACUCGUCAACAGCCAGACGAUGCUCUGGGGCUUCCUGAUGAAGACGUGGGGAAGAGGAUGGAUGGGGAACUGAAAGAUCCCUCCCCCCCGCCCUGUGUUUUUGGCCCGGGUUUAGCCCUCUUCGCUCCAGGCUGCUGCUUGUAUCCUGUGAAGGACUGUACAUCGGGGCAGCAUCUGAUCUACGUGGUGCCUGACUCGGUGUUGGAGCCCACCGUUGCCCCCCAUGCUCCACCCUCCUCCCUCAGUAACGUGUCCUGCUCGCUGCAGAAGCUGACCUCUGACCCCGACAUCUACACGGUGCCUCUGGACGGCUGCGGAGUGAACAGACAUGUGUUUGGUGAGACGGUGGUUCAUCUGCUGGAAGUCCACGGGAUCCAGAGCUCUGAGAACGCUCCAGUCAGAUUGAUGGUGGAGUGUAGUUCCUCUCCAGGCUCUCCAGGAGAAGUGAAGCUCCACGUGAUGAAUCCUCCUCCUCCACCUGCUCCUCCACUGCCUCCCGUUCAGUCUCCACCCUCCACCGUCACCGUGCAGCUGAGCAUCGCCACAGACGAGUCCUUCAGCAGCUUCCACCCUGAGGCUCACCUUCCCCUCAGCCUGAUUCGAGGCAGCUCUGUUUACCUGCAGCUGAACCUGCAGGACCCCCCCGCCCCCGACCUGCAGCUGCUGGUUCACUCCUGCCUGGCGUUCACUCACACACCGUACAGCAGCUGGAUGCUCGUCUACGAUGGUUGUCCGGGUCGCGGUGAUUCACAGCGGCUUCCUUCCUCUCGCUCUGACCCUUCCCACACCCAGAGGAUCCUGAUCCCUGCCUUCCAGUCUCUGCCCUCUGAAAGCCCCUCCUCCAUGGAUGAAGGAGGAGCCUCUCGCCUGCAGGACCCGGAGAUCUACUUCAUGUGUUUGACAGAGGUGUGCUAUGCUGCAGAUGUUGACUGCACCGUCAGCUGCAUCCACAGUCCUGGCAGUGCCGUGUGAGCGAUGAAAUAAACACUUUUGCACUCUGGUUUUGUUUCAUGGAAAUAACAGACUGACACGAGGCUGAAGAAGAAAAGGGGAGAAAAGCCCCGAGUGGAAUAUUUAUUUAAAACUUGUUGUGCAAAGAGACGGACAAGCAAAACUACAUGCAUUUGGUCACAACAAUAAGUUUGCAGGAACAUGAAGGAAUAAAAAAUGUGAACAUAUUUGGCAUGAAUGGCACGCCGUUUCCCUUUGAACCAAAGCAGUG